AUGGCGACUGAAACUUUAAUCCCUCUUGAAUCUAACCCUGAAGUAAUGAAUAAAUUUCUUCAAAAAUUGGGUGUCCCCAGCAAAUGGAAUAUCGUCGAUGUUAUGGGUUUAGAGUCUGAAAUGUUGUCAUGGGUUCCGCGCCCUGUUCUCUCAGUUAUGUUGCUUUUCCCCGUUUCUGAAGCAUAUGAAGAAUAUAAGCAAAAAGAAGAGAAUGAAAUUCUGUCCAAAGGCCAAGAAAUUAGCAGUAAUAUUUUUUAUAUGAAACAGAAUAUUAGUAAUGCCUGUGGCACUGUCGCUCUAGUGCACAGUGUUGCAAACAAUACUGACAAAAUUCAACUGACUGAAGGUCACUUAAAGAAGUUUUUGGAUGAAGCUAAAGACUUAGAUGCUGCUGCUCGUGGCACUUUGCUUGAAAAAUCAGAAGGUAUUAUUAAUGCUCAUAAAGAAUUGGCCCAAGAAGGACAAACUAAUACUCCUAGUGCUGAAGAUCCUGUUAAUCAUCAUUUCAUUACUUUUGUCCACAAAGAUGGAGCUUUGUAUGAGUUAGAUGGUCGUAAGGCAUUUCCUAUAAAUCAUGGGCCAACUACACCUGAUAAUUUAUUGGAAGAUGCAGCAGCUGUUUGCAAGAAGUUUAUUGCCCGUGAUCCAAAUGAAGUCCGCUUCACUGUAGUUGCACUAACUGAGGCUAAUUAA